GACAGCAUAUGACCCGCGGCUGCGCAAGCUGCUGAUUGAGCGGGUGUGGCAGGACACGUGGUCGGCGAUACUGCUGGCAUCGCGCGACUUCCGGCUCUUGCCUUACCACCGCGUGGCAUUCACGACGGCCAGCGCGCAUCCGCCAUAUAUGGUCAAUUACAUGGGGUUUGCGGCCGAGCGACACCUGGAGAAUCUGCGCAUGUACGAGUAUAUUGGGCGGACAGCGUACUGCAAGGCGGUGGCGGCCGAGCGGCAUAACAGCGAGCGGUUCAAGAAGACAUUGCAGAUUCUGGCGCAUUUCAUCGGCGAUGACAUGUACUUUAAUCCGUUUGAGGCGAACGAGAACCAGGCGUCGGUGGCGCUAAAGUUUGGCAUCGACCAGGGGGACGUCAAGUCGUGGUUUGGGCGGGUGUUUGUUGUGCAUUUCCCGUUCAUGGUCUGCAUGCUGUACGAUGACCUGCCGGGCCGUAUUGUGCCGAUAGCCGACGAGCGCGAUCUGGAUCUGUAUAUCACCCAGAACUACAACGAGGAGAUCAACCGGCGGCGGCUGGCGCGGCAGCAGCUGCGGUCGCUGUCGGGCCACUACGUCACGUUGACGUUUAUUGAGCAUGGCGGCGAGCACGGUGGGCAUUCGCGCUACUACCUGCAGGGUACCGAAGAGGAGCACCAGCAGUACCUGCAAAAGUACCGCGGCAAGCGGCGGAUCCUGUACCGCGGCAUGCUCGAGAUCCAGCAGGAGCGCGAGUGGAGCAACGUGGUGAACGUCAACACGGGCUUCAUUUGCACAUUGAAGCUGACCGACCAGAUCACCGUCGACGACGAGAACCUGGUCAAUGACUUUUCCAUCCAUAACAGCCCAUUCCGCAUGUCGUUCUGGAAGACUGGCCGCGCAGGCACCAUGCAUCGGUCGAGUCCGUCGAUGAGCAGCUCCGACGCAGCCAGCCUUUUGGGCAUCGACCCGUGGUACAGCUCGCCACAGCUUCAGGCACUGAUUGCCGAGAACCGGCAUGUCAUCAAUGACCAUAUCGACAGAGUGAUGGGGCGCGCACACAUGCUGCAGUCGCGGCACCGCGCCGAGAUCAAGCGCAAGCGCACGGGCAUGACGCCGUCGUUUUUGAUUGACGUGUUUUCGCCUGGCCCCGAGUCCCUGCACGUGGUGCAUCCGUCGCCCGACGAGACGCCGGUCAAUCCAGCCACGCCGCAAAUGGCCGCGUCUGACGAUUGGGGCAAGAGCUCGCACGGCCGGCUGUCGUAUAUCCCGACGCUAGCGCAGCUGCAGCGCAAGCUCUCGGCUGACGAGGAGAACAAGUACGUCAGGGACAUUAUGGAUGAGCACCGCAAUGACAUCCAGCUUUUGUAUGAGCGGCUGCGCAAUCUGGUGCCGUCCGAAGUCCAACGACCCGCUAAAGUCGGCGUGGUACUUGUUCUGGGACGACAUCUACCGCAGAUAUGCACUAGAGGUUGCGCAGUUCAAGGAGUUUGAGCAGGACUUUAACCCGCUGUACCCGCACGCGCUGCCGUAUAACCCGCUGCCCAGACACAAGCUCGAGGUGUUCUUGUAUGAGCGCGGGCUGUGGAAGCCGGUAAGGUCCGUCAAGGGUCUGUUUGCAGGCAGGAAGGCCACAGUGUUCCCUGCGGAUCCGAUGCCGGUCGAGGGCUAUGGCCAUGAAGGAGCGCAUAUCUGGCGGGCUGGCGAUGACGAGGUUGUGGCGAUGCCGUUUGAGACA